CCCGCCCACGCUGAUCUCACUUCUCCUUAACCCACCCUUCCCUUCCGUGCAGCCCACUGGCUGCUCCCCCAGCCAGGCUAAUUGCAUCCCCCAGUGCUUCCCGUCCCUCACAUCCGGCCAUUGUACCCUACCGGGAAGGACUGCAUCCAGGGACGAAGAAGGAGGCCAUGGAGGGCGGCUGGGCCAUGGCACUGGGGCUCUGGGCUACCGCACUGUGCCUGGGGGGCUGCCACCCCCCCGGAGGGGACAUGGAGUCGCACAGCACCCAGCGCCCAGCUGAGCUGCGGGACAAUUUCCGCCUGCAGCCCGGGGACCUGGUGGUCGUGGCAGGGCAGGCGCUGGAGCUGGACUGCGUGCCCCCCGCCGGGCAGCCCGAGCCCCGCGUCACCUGGAGGAAGGACGGCGUCACCCUGCGCCUGGCUGGGGGCCGUCACCAGCUCACCCGGGGGAAGCUGCGGGUGGCCUCGGCACGCAGGAGCGACGCGGGGGUCUAUGUGUGUGUGGCAGCCAACGCAGCAGGCGAGCGGCACAGCCGGGGUGCUCAAGUCACCAUCCUGGAGAAGCCAGUCAUCGUGCGGCGGCCAAGUGAUGUCACAGCAGUGGCCGGCAGCACGGUGGAGCUGAGCUGUGGUGCGCAGGGCGACCCGGCACCGCGGGUUCAGUGGCACAAGGAGAGCGGGGAUCUGCCCUGGGGGAGGCACGAGGUGGAUCAGGAGCACACGCUGCGACUCCACGCGGUGACGGCAGCCGAUGGUGGUGCCUACGUCUGCACAGCCCAGAGCCAGCUGGGCAGCGCUGCUGCCACCGCCCGCCUCCGUGUGGAGGGGCAGCUGCCGGCAGGCCGGUGGGAGACCACACGGCAGAACCUGCUGGCUGUGCAGCUGCAGCUGGACAAUGGCACUGCACUGCCCACCAACGCCACUGUCUGGCUCCGCUGGAGGAUGGUGACACCAGGGCCAGCUCCAGAGGGCUUUGUGGUGCUGUAUCGCUGCCUGCUCCCUGCCAGCACUGCCUGGUCCCAGCAGGACGUGGGCAGGGAGCUCAGCGCCGUCAUCCCUGCACUCCAGCGGGGCUACCAGUAUGAGUUCAAGGUCCGACCCUACGCUGGUGGGACCCAGGGCUUGGACAGCAACAGCUGGCACCUCUGGAUCCCUGAGGAAGCAGUGCCAAGCGCAGCACCCCAGCGUGUCACCGUGGGCCAGGCUGCACCAGGGAAUGGUACCGUUAUCGUGAGCUGGGAGCCACCUCCUCCUGAUGCCCACAAUGGCAUCAUUCGGGGCUACCAGGUCUGGUCCCUGGGCGAGGGCUGGCUACAACCCACCAACCGCACUGUGGACGGAGGAACACGUCGCUUGGAGACCCUCCUGCACGGCCCUGGGGCCAGAUACUGCAUCCAAGUAGCCGCGUUCAAUGGUGCAGGGCUGGGGAUCCCCAGCAAUGUCACCUGUGGCGUCCUGGAGAUGAUGGCAGGGAGCACCGGAGUGGUGCGGGUGCUGCAGCAGCCUGCGGUCAUCGCAGCCACUGGCUCACUGCUGUGGCUGGCCCUGCUUGCCCUCCUCCUCCUCAUCUGCCAGCGUCGCGCCAGCCAGGGCUCCAUGGCACAACAUGGGCAGGAGGACACUGAUGUGCCAUGGCUCAGCAGCCCCUGGAAACCUGUCUGUGUUCCUCAGAACCUCAGUGGCAGCAGCAGCCUCAGCAGUCGGCUCCUGGGAAGCGACAGCAGGGACCCCCAGCCCUCUCCCCUGACCUCGGAGCUGCCGAGCCUCAGCCCUGCGACGACCCCCAGCUGCAGCCACCUCUGCAGAGAACACCCCAAAACUAGCACGUCCAGCCUGGCACUGUGGGAGCACAUCCGCAAGCGAGAGCUGGACCGUACGCACAGCUCCCCAGUGCCAGUGGCUGGGCUCAGGGCCAUUCCCGUGCCCUUGUGUGCCGGGGAGUGGGGGACACAUUUUGACUCAGUGGACAGAUGGCCUCAGCAGAAAGGACAGGAUGGUGACACGGCACUAGCAGGAGAGGACCCAUGGUGGCUGCCCACCAUCAGCUCCCCGAAACCACGGCGCAGUUCGGUGGCAUCAAUUGGUGCUGGGAUGCUGGUGGCACCUGCAGGACAUCCGCACGUCUGGCACCCCAUGGGGACCCGGUUCCCAGCCAUGGGGUGCUCAAGGGACACAUCUCCAGUCACUGGGAACCCCAAAGACACGUCCACGGUUACUGGGAACCCUGGGGACAUGUCCCCAGUCACCAGGAGCCCCAAGAAUGUGUCCCCAGUCACUCGGAACAGCAAGAAUACCAGGAAGCACAGGGACAUGUCCUCUGUCACCAGGAGCCCCGUAGAUAUGUCCCCUGCCACUGUGAGCCGCAAGGAAAUGUUACUGGCCACAAGACCCAGCAGAGAUGUGUCCCCGGUCACCGAGUGCCCCAGGGUCAGAUCCCCAGUCAUUGGGCACUCCAAGGAGAAGUCCCCGGCCACCAGGAGUCCCAGGGAUUUGUCCUCAGCCUCCAGUCACUCCCUGGCCACCACAGUCCAGGAGGACAUGUCCCCAUUCACUCAGCACCCCAGGGACAUGUUCUCAGCCACCAGGUGUCCCAGAGAUACGUUCCCAGCAGCCAGGCACCCUGACGACAUGCCCAUGAUCCCCCAGAACCCCAGGGACACAUCUGUGUUCACCAGAGGGCCCAGGGACACGCUGGUGGCCACCAAAGACGUGUCCCCGGAGCCCGGCCGCCUCUCACCAGCACUCAGUGAUGGGGUCCUCACCCCGCAGCGGGUUGCCGAGGACCUGGAGAGGGUGCAGGAAGCCCACCGCCCCACGAACAUCCCCAGGCCAGAGGUGUCCCCAGCACAUCCCCAGCGCGUCCCUGUGCCCCGCCCCCUGUCCCCUCCCCACACCUAUGGGUACAUCUGUGGGCCUCCCCCCUCUGCUAUGGGCGAUGGCGAGNNNGAGGAGGAGGAGGAAGAGGAGGAGGAAGAAGAGAAGCCCGAGGUGUGGGGUCACGAGGGCUCGCCGGGGGGGUCUCUGCUGAACGGAUGGGGGUCUGUCACGGAGGACACCGUCCCCAGCACCCGCUGCAGCCUGGCCAGCUCCUCUGACGGCUCCUUCCUGCUCGAUGCCAGCUUUGCCCGUGUGCUGGCCGUGGCCGUCGACAGCCUCUGCUUCAGCCUCGAGGACAUCGAUGGGGGUGGUGAGGGAGCUGCUGCCCCCCUGCACCGCCUGGCAUCAUCCCCUCUGUGCGGGGAGGUGGCCCUGGGGACGGGGACAGGGAAGGGGAUGGAGAUGGGCAGCCUCGUGGGGAUGCCCCGAGUGGGCAGCCAGUGGGGUGGGCUCCUUUCCAGGGAUAGAAGGGACAGGAGUGUGGCAGCCCCUGUGUUAAAGCAGUGUUGAGGCCAGAGCCCUCCCAGCUUGGCUACAAUCCAGCUUUAUUCAUCAUUUCCCCCAGGUGGGGCUCUCUGCUAGGAAACGCUACGUGCACAGCUGGGGAGCACUGAGGUGGGUGGGUGGCCCUCCUGCUCAUGUUCCCCUCCAGCUGGCCUUGUCCCCAGGGUCCUCGUCUUUCCAUCCCCAGCGACUGUCCCAAACAUCCUUGUCCCUCCCCGUGUCUUCACCCCUCAUCUAUCCCAUCCUUGUCCCCACCCAGCGCAUCCUCAACCCCCUCCCUCCGGCUCUGUGCACACCUAUUUACAGACAGAAAUGAACGAGCACCCCACGCGUACCCGUCCCCGCGUCACCGUCCCC